AUUACGGAUGACCCAAAUGGGAUUUUGAGGAAUUGGGUCGGGUCUAUUGUGUGUUCUUACGAAGGCGUGUUUUGUGGGAGGGACGAAGAAGGUGGAAGCGUGGUUUCAGGUAUAGAUCUGAACCGUGCAGAUCUUGAAGGGAGUCUUGUCGGGGAACUUGGUCUCCUCACUGAUAUUUCUCUUCUUCACUUGAACAGCAAUAGAUUUUCAGGAACAAUUCCUGAGACUUUUAGAGACCUCUCCUCUCUUCAAGAGUUGGACCUUAGUAACAAUCAAUUCUCCGGUUCUUUCCCCAUGAUCAUUCUCUACAUUCCCAAUCUUGUUUAUUUAGAUAUCAGGUUCAACUGCUUCUCUGGAGCUAUCCCUCAAGAUCUCUUCAACAAGAAACUUGAUGCUAUUUUCCUCAACGACAACCAAUUCGACGGCCAACUCCCAGAAAAUCUUGGGAAUUCCCCAGCUUCUGUCAUAAAUUUAGCUAAUAACAAGUUUACGGGAAGUAUUCCUUUUAGUUUUGGGUUCAUGCGUUCAAGGCUUAAGGAGAUUUUGUUUCUGAAUAACCAGUUGACGGGAUGUAUACCGGAGGGAGUUGGGAUUUUUACAGAGAUGCAGGUGUUUGAUGUGAGCCACAACGAUCUGGGAGGUCAUUUGCCAGACACCAUAUCUUGUCUGACUGAUAUAGAGGUUCUCAAUUUGGCACACAACAGGCUGUCGGGAGAGCUGCCAGCGCCACUAUGUACAUUGAAAAGCCUUGUGAAUCUCACAGUUGCUUAUAAUUUCUUCUCUGGUUUUAGCCAACAAUGUUUCCAGUCCUCCUUCAAGAACAUAGGUUUUGAUUUCUCUCUCAAUUGCAUUCCUGGAAGAAAUAUGCAGAGACCUCGACCAGAGUGCUCUAUAAUUCCUGGAGGAAGCCUCAGUUGUCUCAGAAUGCCAUCACAGCCUCUUCUUUGUGGCACAAUGUUAGCAAAGUCUGCAAAGCCACCGUCUCCAUAAACCAUAUGGACGGAGACACAGAUUUUCCUUUUGGUUUUUUGGACUGUAAUUGUAAACAGGUUAGUGGGGAGUAUCCCAUUAAUUUAACUUAAUUAAUUAGAAUUUGUGAUGGAUUCAGGACGAUCGCCUUGAAUGGAUAAAGGGAUUUGUGAUCGAUUGUCUAGUAGAUAUAAUAAUAAACUAUUCAGGUUCACAGGUUAAGCUACUUUAA